GAGAGAGAAGGACAGAAAAACACAGAUAGAGCAAACAAAAACGACAGAGACAGAGAGAGGCGGCAAGAGACCCGGGUCAAUUACUAUAUAACUGCGCUAUAAAUUUCGAGAACAAUCAGAACAAGAUGGCCUCCUAUCCAGUCAGCUUCACGCAGCUCGGUGUCGUACUGAUCUGCUUCAACAUGUUGCUAUUCGCCUGUGGAAGGACUUUGGCGUACCCGACGUCAGCGCUCGAGCAGCAGCUUAUAGACGACCCGGACAAGUGGAGCGACGUUCCCGAGACGGCCGAGAGAUUGUCGUCGCCACUGCGGCAAUACGUACUGCAAGAGUUGGAUCGCGACAGCAAAGGCGCUGGCGUCGGCAGCAGCUAUCGCGUGCAGAAGCGAUUCGGCUCCGUCUACCAGCGGCCCCAGAGGAAUCGUUACAGCGUCAGAUGCCUGCUCAACCCCAUCACCUGCUUCGGGCGCAACCAAUUUCGCUACUAGGUGACGCCAGCGUCGGCUAUAGACUUAACUUGGAAGUGCGGUGUGGCUCCAUCUCGCGGGUACGAUCAUAAGCCACCGGGGUUUUGCGCAUGAAUUGGUGGCACACCGUACAGGUCUUAUACGCAAUUACCACAGACGACGAUUGCGACAAUAGAGCGUUAAAGUUUUGGAAAAAAAAUCGCCCUUACGGCUGGUAAUAUUGUUAUCCUCGUUUUACGAUAAUAGCACUAUAACGGUCGAUAUUUGUGAUUAACAUAAUAAUGUUGUCAUAUAGGAUGCUCUAACCGUUCAAAGUAGAAGUGAAACCAUCUGCUCUCAAUACCUAAUAUAUAUUAGAAGUAAAUAAAAUUAGUGUAAUUUGUUUUUAUGAUACGUUAUCAUGCCGCGCGCCACCAAGAAUUUGUACCAAUUUGGACGGACGUACGAGUAAAAAUAUACACACGGUAAAAAAAAUAUUCAACUAUUAUCAUGGCUAUAUCAUCUGCCUGUGCUAAAUAAACAGAUCACAUAAUCAGCAAAUGCAACCGACGCAACUUCUUCGCUUCCUCGUCAUAUUAAUGGGUGAAUUCCACUCACUGUUGCUGAUUCAUCCUUCUCCAGUCACCCGUCGUCGCUCGUCGUGCACGAAUAUUCCACCGACGGAAUACCUAGAUAGGGCCUAUAUACCCGCUGUUGUCGCCGCCGUGUAACAACUCAUGCGACCCCCUAAUAGCCGCACAGACGCGCGCGAGCAGACAAAAUGGAGGAGAAUCGCCUGUGACCCAACGCUUACUCCACCUGGCUGCAAGAUCAUUUCCGUCCGCUCACACUACAACUAUGGAUAUAGACACCUUGUAUUGAUGGACUAUGGAUUGGCUGGAUGUAAUGAGAGCGGGAAUGAUUCUGCAACCAGUGGUUUAUUUUGCUAAAUGAUAUAAUUACCGGCAGACGCAAACGCAGCUGGAGAAAUCUUGGUUAUGAAUUUCUAGGAUUAACAAGCAUGCGCGGUACAUAUCUGGCAGAGAUCGUGUGUCCCCCCUAUACCCCAUCUAACUCAACGGUGUUCAUGGCGAGUGAAUGGUUUGUUACGCAAUGGCGAUAUGGAUAGACGCCGAGGUAUUGCAGGCCGAAAUAUUGAACAUAUUUUUAAAACCUCCUGUCUGCUAUUGAUCAACAUUUUAUCACCCGUGGCGAUGUUGCAGCUACUGCUCUGUCAGGGACACCUGAUUCAUGUAAAGCCGCGGCGUAAGCCGUAGAUGUAAAGGUAAAAUAACGCUGAAACGUUAAUCGUUAGACGUGAUAUCGUAACUGUUUACGUGACAGCAGGUGUGAAUUGUUUGUUUGUAAUACUAAGAAGCAAAUACUAGUUUAUUGCACACACACACUGGUUUUGCCAUUUGUUUCUUGGUUAACCCAUUACAUUAGCCGAACACAUCAUUAUUGUCGUAAAUGAAUGCUUAAGCGUUAAAGGUGUAUUUGUUUUGACAGUGCGUUUUGCGAGAGAGGAAGAUUUAAAAUAUACGAAUAUUCGUGAUUUUGAAGUUUUCUGUUCAUCCCUCUAAUACUUGAAUCCUUAUUGAUAUAUGCAUUACAUGUUAAAAUAAAUGUAGAAUCAUGUAUUUAAAAAUUGAUAAUCGGUGAAUUUGUGGUGAUUUAUGGCUGCUAUAAUCAAUCUGAUCACGAACGCAAUUCUUUAUUGUGUUAUUCUCUCUUAAUUUAUUGGAAAAUAUAUGAGAUUUUUUGGGCACCUGUUCAA